CGUGUAAACUCAUGUUUGCAAUCUUUUUAGCUGCAGAAGAUCAUAAGUAAACAAGAUGACUUGACAGCAAUGAAAACUAAUGAAACAGAAUGUCAGGAACCAACAGUGAAAGAACCUGAAAUUAACACAACCCUUCAGAUGCAUUUCUUUGGAAAAAGAGGAGAAAGAAAACUUCAUUAUAAAGAAUUUCGAAGAUUUAUGGAAAAUUUACAAACGGAGAUUCAAGAAAUGGAAUUCCUUCAGUUUUCUAAAGGUUUGAAUUUCAUGAGAAAAGAAGAUUUUGCAGAGUGGCUACUUUUUUUCACUAACACUGAAAAUAAAGACAUUUACUGGAAAAAUGUGAGGGAGAAGUUGUCAGCAGGAGAGAGCAUUAGUUUGGACGAGUUCAAGUCUUUUUGCCAUUUUACAACUCACUUGGAAGACUUCGCUAUUGCCAUGCAAAUGUUUAGUUUAGCUCAUCGUCCUGUCAGACUGGCGGAGUUUAAGAGAGCUGUGAAAGUAGCAACAGGACAAGAGCUCUCCAACAAUAUUUUGGACACUGUCUUCAAGAUCUUUGAUUUGGAUGGUGAUGAAUGUCUCAGUCAUGAAGAGUUUCUUGGGGUGUUAAAAAACAGGAUGCAUCGAGGUUUAUGGGUACCACAGCAUCAAACUGUACAAGAAUACUGGAAAUGUGUGAAAAAAGAAAGCAUUAAAGGAGUAAAAGAAGUCUGGAAACAAGCUGGAAGAAGUCUUUUUUAGAAAAAAGAUAAUAGGCAAUUAUAUUGCUCCAAAUGUGAGAAUUUGUGAUUUUUUAAAGUACUAGUCGUUUAUCUUCUUAAGUCUUCGUUGAUGUCUGUGUAAUAUGAAAGUGCCUUGUACUUGCUUUCUGAUUCAAAAAUUUCUUAAUAAGUGUUCAUUAAACAACUCAGUAGAAAGAAAAGAAAGUAUUCUUUUGCAAAAACAGAUACCAGAUUCUGUCAGAAGACCUAGAUAUGAAGUAAUAUUUUAUACUUUGGUGAGAUGCGAAGCCUAGUUAUACAGUGAUUUCUUAGGCACAAUAGCAUGAUAUGCUUUCUGGAAGGAUAAGCAAGUCCUUAUGGAGAAAAAGUACUUGAUACACAAGUAUCAAUUUCAGAAGUCCUGAUGUUCCUAACAGGGUAAAUGAAGUUUAAAACUUAUGUCAGAUUUUUCUUAUCUGUAUCUUAUAUCUCAUAAGCUUCUUGUAUAUUUUAUUUCAGUUAGCUUAGCUGUAUAUUUGUUGUCUUAAAAAUAACAUGUAAAUUUCAAUAUCCUAUUUAGAAGCAGAAUAAAGUAUUCAUAUAGAUACAAAAAAUACUGAGGUACUUUUUAUUUUACAUGUUUUUUUAAAACUACAUUGCCAACCUCAGUUUAUGUUCCUAAAAACUCAUGUAGUCGGGAUAAUUUUGAUCGGGGUCUCAUGGGAUAUGUUGGGUUGUUGCAAAUACUUUAAAUGGCACUAGAAGUUACUUUGCAUUAAAGUAAAUAUAGUAUUAUAAAAUGCAUUUAAAAAACAUGUAAAAUAAAAAUUAUUUUUUAAAUGUGCUUAUCAAAUAAGAAAAUUGCAAAUAUUUAAAACCAGUUCUCCCCAGAGAACCGGCUGAUUCCAAGGCUGUGGUAGGGAAGGAAAGUCCAGCAUAAGCCUGUGGAACAUCUUGUGCCUGAAGGAAAGGAAGGGCUCACAGAAUGAUGGUGAGUCAAGAGGACAGAGCCAGCUGAAGGGGCUCCCCAGCCAAAUAUGGUACAGUUUGCGCAUCUAAAUAAUGUCUGUGACGGAUUGUAGCCUAUUCAAUAAAAUAAGAAUCCAUGAGCUUACACUAAAAAUUAAUUAGUUGAUUGAUUAAUGAAGCAAGAGAAAUCUCCUCCUUACAGUUGUUAAAGGACAAGUCCUUGAAAUACGUUAAUCUGCUAAAUUGGAAAAUUCUUCUUUACAGUUUAAUGUUGGAGAUGGAUAAGUGGCUAAAGCUAAUGUCCAGUUAUCACAAAAAUACUUAUUCUGCUGCUGAUUAAAAAACAGAAAUUUGCUCUAA